AUGCCAGCAAAACGAAACCGCUCGUACAAGCCGGACACUGCCCAUGUCGGUAGGGACAUCGGAGAGAUGCUCCAGCGACCUACGCAUUCCGGGCCCGAAUGGCAGCAGACCAACAUGGACCCACCCCAGCACCAGAAUCAGAGCAGCAGGGCUCAACAACCAGUACUGACCCCGCGACUAACCAGCCAUCGCCUACUGACCCCCACGACCAAGCGCAAUUUGAAAGACCUUCUGACAGAUAUAUGA